AUGUUCCGCACAUUUCGACACAUCAAUUCAGAGAACAGGCGUGACAUUUUGGAAAGCGUCCUUCCACCCUUUGACAGGAAGCGUCAGGGCAAAUUAACUCGUGUCGCCUGCAUCCAUUGCAGAUCGAAAAAGUUGAAAUGCACUGGAGAACGUAAUGGCUGCCGACGAUGCCGAUUGAAAAAGCUCGACUGUACUUAUCCCCGUCCGUCCAGCUCAAAGUCUCUAUCCAAGACAAAGGACCAAGAAAGAACAUCCCAUACAGACCGGCAUCCAUUAGCAGCAGGCAACCAUGCUGGCACUGCAUAUAUCAGGGAGCCGAUUGUUACGAAUAGCGUGAUGAUGGAGGGCUUCGCAGACGGUAAUCAUAAGCUUGACCAAAUGGGGACGCUUGAUGUUGCCAAUUACUUCCUUUGGAACGAAAGCAGCCCUGACGAAGCCCACAAUCCUGACACGAACACCAUUGAUUAUCUUACCCAAGACGCAUCCUUCUUUUCUAUACCAUGCUUUCGCGAUUCACAACCAGAUUCAGAGAAAGCCCAUGGGGCCGGAUGCACGCCAGAGCCUGCCUUUAAAACCGGAACCAACUCCAAAUCAACCCCAUGUUCAUGCCUGCGUCAGAUCCUACGCACAUUCGAAACGGUCCAGUUAGCCACGGCCUUAGGGUUGCAGGACGCCUCAGAAGCCUUUUAUUCCAAUGCACGCAACACUCUCUGUGUACAAAAAGAUGCCCUAGCCAGUUGUGAGACGCUUUUGGAGUGUCCCAUGUGUAGCUCCCAAUCUGAGCAUAUCACUAUGGUGACCUACAUCAAUGACAAAAUGUUGACCAGUAUCAGAGAUUUGGUCUCGGCUUCAUCUAUGACCAGAUCUGUAGCCUACAAGGAUGGCUUGAUUGGCAGUCAAUCAGGCAGCUACAGUGAUCCUCGGGACACGGGGCUAGAAAUCAAGCGAUGGAAGCUAGACAAUGAAGAUGAAAUGCAGGCUGGAGAGGAUUGUUAUGGUACACCAGUGGUCCUCUCAUGA